UCCUCGGAGCGCCUCGAGGGCGCGGCCGCCUGGACCGGCUAAAGAGCGGCGCGGAGCAGACAUGACCUCGCGCAGGUGGUUUCACCCCAACAUUGGCGGGGUCGAGGCGGAGCAGCUGCUCCUGUCCCAGGGCCAGCACGGGAGCUUCCUGGCCAGACCCAGCAGGAGCUGUCCCGGGGGCUUCACACUGUCUGUCAGGUGGGUGGUGCCAUGGCCAGGCGUGGACAGUCUGCGGUCCCAGGAGGCCUCAAAGGGUCUGAGCACCCUCAGCUGCAGGCGCAGGCGCCACGACGAGGUGACCCACAUUAAGAUCCAGAACACGGGUGACUACUAUGACCUGUAUGGAGGAGAGAAGUUCGCGACGCUGGCAGAGCUGGUGCAGCACUACAUGGACCAGCGCGGGGGACUGCUCCGCGAGCGCAGCGGGGCCCCCGUCGAGCUGCGACACCCGCUGGGCUGCCAGGACCCCACGACCGAACGGUGGUACCAUGGGCACCUGUCUGGCAAGGAGGCUGAGAAGCUGCUGAUGGAGAAGGGACGUCCAGGCAGCUUCCUGGUGCGGGAGAGUCAGAGCAAGCCUGGGGACUUUGUGCUGUCGGUGCUCACACAGCAGCCGGACAAGGCUGACCGCCGGCCUCGGGUCACUCACGUCAUGAUUCACUUCCAGACGGGAAGUUCGACGUGGGGGGUGGGGAGCAGUUCCACACUCUUGGAGACCUGGUCGAGCGCUACAGGAAGAACCCCAUGGUGGAGAAGUCGGGGGCCGUGGUGCAUCUCAAGCAGCCCCUCAAGGCCACGAGGAUCAAUGCCGCAAGCAUCGAGAACCGCGUGCAGGAGCUCAGUAAGACUACAGAAGCCACCGAGAAGGCCAAGCAGGGCUUCUGGGAGGAGUUUGAGAUGCUGCAGCAGCAGGAAUGCCGGCUCCUGUUUCCCCGGAAGGAGGGACAGCGGCCAGAGAACAAGCCCAAGAAUCGCUACAAGAACAUCCUCCCCUUUGACACCACCCGUGUUGCCCUGCAUGACGUGGACCGCAGCGUCCCUGGAGCUGACUACAUCAACGCCAACUACAUCAGGCAAGCAGUUAAUCCUCACCCACUUCCAGAGUGACCCAGAGGAGAAGCCAGGCCAUGGACUGGGCAAGGUGUACAUCGCUACCCAGGGGUGUCUGCAGACCACAGUGGCUGCCUUCUGGGCCAUGGUGCACCAGGAGAACACACGGGUCAUCGUCAUGACCACCAGGGAGGUGGAACGAGGCCGGAACAAGUGUUUCCGAUACUGGCCCCAGCUACAUGACAGCCAAGAGUAUGGCCGUGUGUGUGUGUGCAGUAUGGCUGAGUACCAGGCCCAGGGCUACUGUGUGCGGGAGUUGCAGGUGUGGCGGCCAGACCAGGAAGAGCCGCCGCGCGCGGUGAAGCACUACCAGUACUUCAGCUGGCCGGACCACGGGGUCCCGGCCGAGCCCGCCGGCGUCCUUGGCUUCCUGGACGAGGUGAACCGGGCCCAGAGCAGCAUGCCCGGGGCCGGACCCAUGGUGGUGCACUGCAGCGCCGGCAUCGGACGCACAGGCACCAUCAUCGUGAUUGACAUCCUGGUGGACGUCAUCCGCAGGCAAGGGCUGGACUGCGACAUCGACGUCCCCACAACGAUUCAGCUGGUGCGGCGGCAGCGCUCGGGGAUGGUGCAGACCGAGGCGCAGUACAAGUUCGUGUACCUGGCGCUGCAGCGGUACAUCCAGGGCGAGCAGCUGCGCCUGCGCGAGCAGCGCGCCCGGCCGGAGGAGCCCGACUACCUGAACGUGGGCUCCGCGCCCGCCGACCCCCACAGCAGCCCGGCACCCGCGCCGAUCCGGGCGCCCGCCACGACCCCCGAGCCCUCCGGCGGCGUGUACGAGAACCUGCCCGGCCUCGGGCGGUGAGGGCCCCGCGCCCCGGCAGGGCUGGAGCCGCGCGAGGAGGGAGCGUCCAGCAAGGCCGGCCCUCGCGUUCCUCGCAAGGACUGUCUUAAGACAGUUCUGACCGGAGCUCGUCCCGGAGUCGCCGCUCAGACACUCUCGACCAGGCCUGGACGCCUAGAGAUGAGGGCGGGGUGCAGUCUCGAGACCCGGGUGUCCCUGCUGCUCCUGGGGCUCCCAGGUGAGGGUACAGGAGGGCAGGCAGGGCUGUCGCUGUCUCUUUGUGGGAGGCCACCAAUGACUACCUGCACAAUGCAGUGACCACGUGUGACCUUAUGUGUGCUACGAGGCUGAAUGACCAGCAAGCAGGUGGCCAGUCUGCGCUUGACCUCACUGCAGCCGCCAGUGCUUGUGCUUGGCUCCCCUGCAUCCUGUGCACACCCCCUUCAGAGCUGCUCCUCAGCGCUGCCCACAGGUCUGCGAUGUGGUCCAGGCAGUGGCUCAGUCAUUGCCAUGUCCAGGCCAGGCCCAUGUCUUCUCAUUGCUGUCACAUGAGGUUAAAUGCUUGUGGAAUGAGGGAAUUUGUGAGAUGCUCAUGUGACUGUGUGUACAGCCUCACGUUGGUCUUGCCGGUAACAAGGGUGAGGCUCCAUGUGUGCAUGACUGGUGUGUGAUGGGUGUGAUGUCACUGGCACGUGCUCCAUGGUCACACCCCACCAUCACGGUGGCCCUGUGGCUUUGUGGUGUUCUAAGUAAAAUACCCUGUUCUCA